AUGGACAAACUCCAUCCCCGCAUCGAGGCCUUCCUGGGGCGUCUCUUGCGCAACAAACGAGGCCGCGACGCAAAACUACUCACGCGCACCAGUCCAGUUCUUCAGGCGCUUCAACCCACCAUCGCCGUAACCUCGUCCGUGGGCCCAUCGCAGUCUCCACUACCCGCAGAAUACACUCAGGUUGGCGCGAACCGCUUCCCGCCUCUUUCCUGGACGGUACCCAACGACUCCGUGCCCACGGAGAAAAUCAACAGCUACGUGCUCAUUGUCGAGGAUGCUGAUGCGCCGCUGCCGAAUCCAAUCGUGCAUGGGCUGUACUACGGGCUUUCAAAGGACAAAACCAGUAUCUCUUCAGAUGAUGUUGCUGUGGCGGACGCGAGUAAGAGGGCGUUACAGGGGGGAUUCCAGUACGGGGUGAACUGGCACCAGAAUGUGUGGAGUGGGCCGCGCCCGGUAUUGGGACACGGCUCGCAUCGGUAUUUCUUUCAGGUGUUGGCGUUGGGAAAGGCGCUAGAGGAGAAGCCUUGGGGGAAGGAGGAGUUGUUGCAGUGGCUGGAGACGGAGAAGGAGAGUGUGUUGGCUUGGGGGGAGUGGGUGGGCACUUUUGUGCGGGAGCCUUAG